CUGAAGCUGGCGACUCCACCCACACGAGUCACGUGGGCUUUUAAUGUUCGUGACGUCAUCACGCCGCGCCGCUUGUGUUGCUUUUGUCAUAUGUUCUCCUACUUGCGAGUAUUACUGCGGCUAUUGUGAGCGGCGCGGAGCUCAGAAUGACAGACAUAUCUGAUAUAAAGCAAGCGUAUGAGAGCAAGUUUGCUCACCGCUUCACAGCACAGGAUACAGAGUAUCAAGAGUAUCUGAAAAUGCCAGAAAGCCAACCACCUAUUGUUGAAGACUGGAGGGGUGGCAACCAGAGGAAUCAGGACAGGUAUAGAGACAACAGGCAUCAGAGAGGCUGGGAAGGAAGAAGGGACUGGUCCAGCAACAGCUAUAACCAACCUCGAGGUGGUAGAGGCUGGGGCAAUAACCACAACCAAUACAGACAGGAUCGAUCUUACCGUCAAGAAGGACACCACGACUAUCACUCCGGGAACCAGAGGUUUUACCCGGAUCGUUACUAGUGAUAUUUUUUGUAAUAAAACAUUUGUUUCUUUGUAUGAGUUGACCUGCAAUUCCUAUGGUAAUUGCAUGACCUAGAGUAAAAUGCACCUAUUUUUUAUUACAUUGUUUAUUUUUUAUUUUUUUUGCAUUGCUGUAGAUAUGGUCAGGUUCAUCAUUCAUAGUCCACCUUGUCAGAUUUGUAUUCAUAAAAAUACAAGUGCACUUUAAGAACUCCAGGAUACAAGUGAUGACCAAUGUCAACAUGAUUGUCAAUGAAUGUGGCUGCUGCAAUGUGUGGCUUAUCUUUUAUAAAGAUGAGGAAAUCCAAUU